GCCGUGUGGCGGGGGCUGGCUCAGGACGGCCAAUGAGUGCGGGGGAGCGGGUGACAGACGCGGCGGCGGACGGAGGGCGAGCGGCGGCUGGAGCCGAGCGGGCUGCCAUAGGUUUCAGAAUCCAGACAGAACCAGCUAACGUUCUGCUGGUCGCAUUGUGAAGGCAGCAUGGUGUCGAUACCAGAGUUCUACUUGGGCAAGAAUGUUCUCAUCACUGGGGCCACUGGCUUCAUGGGGAAGGUGCUGCUUGAGAAGCUGCUGCGCUCUUGUCCCGGAGUCAAGACUGCGUAUAUUCUAGUGAGAGCCAAAGCAGGCCAGAAUUCUCAAGCACGUGUUCAAGAAAUGCUCAACAGCAAGCUUUUUGACAGACUGCGAGAUGAGCAGCCGGAUUUCAAAGAGAAGGUUGUAGCAGUGAGCAGUGAAUUGACUCAGCCAGAGCUUGGUCUUAGCCAGGCUGACAAGGAACUCUUGAUAUCUUGCAUUAACAUUGUCUUCCACUGUGCAGCCACCGUGCGCUUCAAUGAAACUUUGAAAGAUGCAAUGCAGUUGAAUGUGGUUGCCACCCGCCAGCUCCUUGUAUUUGCACAGCUGAUGAAGAAGCUUGAAGUCUUCAUUCAUGUUUCCACUGCCUAUGCACACUGCAAUCGCAAGCAUAUUGAGGAGGUCAUUUAUCCACCUCCAGUUGAUCCUAAAAAAUUGAUUGAAGCUCUGGAGUGGAUGGAUGAUGAUUUGGUUCAGGACAUUACGAGAAAACUAAUCGGUGAACGACCAAACACCUACACCUAUACUAAAGCCAUGGCAGAAUAUGUUGUGCAGCAAGAAUGUGGAAACUUAAAUGUUGCUAUUGUUAGACCUUCUAUUGUGGGAGCCAGCUGGAAGGAACCAUUUCCUGGCUGGAUUGACAACUUCAAUGGACCAAGUGGGCUCUUCAUUGCCGCUGGUAAAGGAAUCCUACGCACAAUGAGAGCAGCGAACAGUGCUGUGGCUGACCUGAUCCCAGUGGAUGUGGUUAUAAACAUGACUCUGGCAGCUGCAUGGUACUCGGGAGUUCAUAGGCCAAGAAAUAUAUUGGUUUACAACUGUACUACAGGUGGCACCAAUCCUUUCCACUGGGGUGAAGUUGAAUACCAUGUAAUAUCCACUUUCAAGAGGAAUCCUCUCGAGCAGGCCUUCAGGCGGCCCAAUGUAAAUCUAACCUCCAAUCACUUGAUCUAUCAGUACUGGAUUGCUGUAAGCCAUAAGGCCCCAGCAUUCCUGUAUGAUGUCUACCUCAGGCUUACUGGAAGAAAACCAAGGAUGAUGAAAGUCAUUAAUCGGCUUCACAGAUCAAUGAUGUUGGUUGAAUACUUCACAAGCCAUUCAUGGGUGUGGAACACUGAUAAUAUAAACAUGCUCAUGAGUCAAAUGAGCCUGGAUGACAAGAAGGUGUUCAACUGUGAUGUAAGACAGCUUCACUGGGCUGAAUAUAUGGAAAAUUACUGCAUGGGAACCAAGAAGUACGUACUAAAUGAAGAGCUCUCUGGACUACCUGCAGCCAGGAAACAUCUCAUCAAGUUAAGAAAUAUUCGCUAUGCAUUCAAUACCAUCCUGGUUGUCCUGAUCUGGAGAAUUUUCAUCGCAAGAUCGCAGAUGGCACGGAAUAUCUGGUACUUUGUGGUCAGCCUGUGCUAUAAGUUCUUGUCCUACUUCAGGGCAUCAAGUACUAUGCGAUACUGAAGAAGCCACAAGUACUCGGUCACCUAUGCAUUUAUGGAUAGCUGUACUGGACAUUGAUAAAAUCUUGUGUUAAUGUUUGUACUAAAAAAAAACCUGUACCCGGUUCUAUUUUGUCAUGUAUGUAAUUUGUUAAAGCUACUUUAUUAUAAUUUAGGACAGCUAUCUAGCACCAUUAUAAGUACAGAAAUGCACUGAAGUACAGUGAAAAACUAUUUCAGGGUUUAAAAUAAGCUUUAACACUGAAGGAGGAAUGACAUGGGGAAAACAAGUUUAAUCUUUUUCCAUCGAAUUGCUGUAUUCAAAUUUCUGUCGGUCAUCUCCGCCACUUCACAGAGUUCAUAAAACGUGUCCUGUUGCAAGUGGUUUGUCCAUAAAUACUAAUUUACUCAUAGUGCAUGCUUUUAUUGGUUUACCUUUUGGUCACUGCAUAGGACAUUCAGUUUGAACUUCAGUGGUGUAAAAUUAAACAGAAACAAGUCUCCUAACAUUGACAGUGAGGCUUGACUUUUCUGCAUUUCUGCUUCUUCACGUGGCACCAGCCAUGUCGCUGAGCUUCCCUCUAAACUGCUUCUGACUGGCCUUUUGGUAAUCUUGCAGUAAUAGUGCUAAUUGCUUUAGCUGAACUAAGCAUAAAGCACCAAUCGUGUAGUUAAUCGGUAAACGUUACAUGAGACCUGCUCUUGGCUGGAAACUGCAAUCAGCUUGGGAUGCAUUUGACUGAAAGUAUUAGAGGGAACUUUUCUUUUCAUACCUUCUGCAGCUGUGCCCCAUGGAACACUCCAGUAUCAUCCACAACUAAAAAAUAAUAGGGUGCGGAGUCUAAACUUAAGGAGCUUUAACUGAAUGUCUGCCUGUAAAAAAAAAUAAACCAGUUGAGAGAACGAGGAGGAGGGGCGCUGGAUUUCAAUCGGAAAGGAAAUCUGAUGAAGCCUGCUGGCAGUACACACUGUGCAUCUUGUGCUAGUGCGCAAGACCAGUUUCACUCCCUCCUCUUGGCCAAAGGUUUUCUAAAUUAAGGUGUGGGCUUUAUGCAGAAGACACAAGUUAUCUAUUGUGCCUGAAGACAUUCCUAAAAGGUUAAGUGGUUUUGGUGAAUUGAUGUACUAUGCUCUCUGCAGAAAUGUAAAAACGGAUUUUGAAAACAAAAAUUGGGAAAUAGUUGUAUUUUUGCCUUGAUGUGGGUGGGGAGAAUGUGCCUGAUUUCAUUAUAAAGUUGUGCCGAAAAGUUUUAAUGGAAGACUUGUGCAAGAAUCAGCUGGGCUGUCCCAUUUACAGCUGGGAUGGCUGGCCUCUUUUUGGUGUAAGGUUGAAAUGAGUAAGUUGUAUUGUUUGUGGAACUAGGCUACAAGGAGAGUUCCCUUAGAAUCUGAGCUGUGAAUGUACCUCCUUUUUUUCUUUGUGGCCUCACAACCAGUAUAAUCUAGUGUUUCAAUCAAUAAUGAGCUUGUACAUUUUAAUGGUUGGUACUACUCAGUCCUUUAUCUGACUGGGCUAAAAUGUAGAUGUGUCAAACCCUUCUGGAUAUGGAUGAAGUGAAUAAUGUUGGUAUGAAAAACUAUACAUCAACUAUGUGAGUUGCUAAUAGUUGGCAUUGAUGCCUCAAUGAAGUAUGGCAUCAAAGCACUGAUCUUUAUAUAUAAAUUAAAUCAGAUUAACUGUUUCAAUUCAAGAAACUGAAGGUGAAGCCAAGAAGUUAAAUUAAGCCAAAAAUCCAAAGCCUCCGGCCUUUAAUUCACAGGAUUAUGUACUUUAAGUGGUCUCAUUAUUUAGAAGACACCUUUUAUUUCAUGGCCUGAAUGUGGUCAGAGAUUUAGCAGCUGAGUUCACAUUGUGCUACAGUGAAAGCGUCAGUUGGUCUCUCUGCCUCUGUGUUGACCAUGCUCUGCUUUAUUCUUGGGUUAAACCUUUUCGGUCUCCUGAACACACUCAGCAUUCUGCAGCAUGAGGUUUGGCCUGUUUCUCCAUUUCUCACCCCUCCCCCCUGUAAUUUCACUGCCCACCACUGCCUAUAUCUCUAAACUGGAUGGCAGCCCCCACCCCCCAUCUCUUAUAGUAUAGACAGAUCUGUGUUGACAACUAUAAUUCAAGCCAGCUUGAAGCAAGGGAAUUUUGUAAACUGUGAGAGCCCUUUCCACUUUUGUUUACUAGGAGUUACUGACCUUGGCCUUUUUGUAAAUAGCAGAUAAUUAGCAGGUGAAUUUUUCAGAGGUCUAUUUUGCCUGGCCUGGUCCCUGUGCAGACUUCGACACGUAUGGGUGGUGGUUGAGGGGAGUAGAUGUGUGAACGUUACUGGGUUUUGGUGUGCACUUAAAAUCCGUUGUGCAUUGUACGGCUGGCUGCCUUAAGCUAUGAGUUUUUAGUGAAUGUUUCUACAAAGGACAAUAGAUGACAUUUGUAAUUGAAUGGUAUAUAUUUAUUGUAUCAGCUGGUGUUAAUGUAGGGUUGUCUGUAUUGGAAAUGACUUUAAUUUAAGAAAAUUUUCUGUACACUUAUAGUAAAACCUUUUUCAUCCUGAAAGCAAUGUUAAAUGCUAUACUGCAAUGGCAGCAUUCAUAUUUUUACACUGUAUGAAAAAUGGACAAGCAUUGAUGUCGCAGUUAGCAGUACAACAGUGAUUUGUGAAUGGAAAAUUAAAGGGUGCCUUUGAGAAUCAAUAACACCAUGGUGUGUUAAUUU